GCGGCGGGAGUGAGGGGGAAUACAGGCGGGAUAUCUGAACGUGGGGAAAAAAUGCACCUGGUAGAUUUAAUUCUGGGGGGAUAUAUUCCCAGCCAAAUAAUAUAAAUUAAUAAAGAUACACAAAGAUUCAUUGUGGUGAUGCCCUCCUUUUAUUGACUAAACCACUCAAGGUAUUCAUUACACGGCCAUUUGAUCAGGAUAUGGUAAACUUUAGGUAAAACUAGCUGAAAUUGGAGAUUUAUUUAUUGUUUUUUCCUCCAAAGUCAGGUAUUUUGUCCACAUUGUCAGCUAUGUGCUGCCCCUUUAAGAGCUCAGACAGGAAGUGAAUUGAGAGCACAGUCCAUGUGAUUUAGCUGUGUUACUGCCAGCUGGAGCUUGCCCUGUGCUCUCUGUAAGGACUGCAGUCUGAGUGCACUCACUCCUUAUAGCUCUAGACAUGUCUGCUUAUAAAGAAGUGAAGGUAGAAGGAUACCAGGCCUACUGCCAGGAGGUGGAGAAACACAAGGGAAAGCCAGUGUUUGCUUAUUUUUCUGGAAAUAAGAAUGCAGAUGGGGUGAGCUGGUGUCCAGACUGCGUGAAAGGUAUUAUAUCUAAUUAGUGGAGUGCCUUGGUAUCCUCAGACCCCUUCAGUGUUGUGUCAAUGCCAGCUAUGAUAAGCCUUCUGUUACCAGGGACCCUGUAAAUCUCUGUGACACAGUGUACACAUGAUGUCACUUAGAUUGUAAGCUCACUGGCUAUCUAGCAAUAUCUGUAUAACGAAUCUUCAAGGGUUAGUACUCUAUCUUUUGUAUUGAUCUCUUUAUAUUGUACAGUCUUUUUUUCUUAAUUUUACAGCGCUGCUGAAUAUGUUGGCGCUUUAUAAAUGUCAGUAAUAAAUAUCCCUUAACUGUAAGCUCUUUUGAGCACGGUCCUUAUCAACCUUUUGUCCCGUACCAUUUUGUAGUUUUCUCAUUGUUAAAUUUUACCCAUGAUAAUAUUGUAAAGCGAUUUGGUACAUGUUGGCGCUAUAUAAAUGGCAAUAAUUAUAUUCUCAUUCUGUUGUGUUGCUAUACAGGCAUACCCUGCUUUAAAACCCUCACUUUACGUACACUCGCGAGUACGGACAUAGCUGCGCGUGUACGUAAAGGUGCCUCAGGGAAUGGAAGGUUCUAUUCUUGCCUGGAGCAGCUCAGUUCAGUGUCAUUGGGGCAAGAACUUUAAACACCUUCUGACGUGGCACAGGUUAAUCCUCUCAUUCAUUCUGCUUUUGUUUUAUGGGUUGGGUUAGGAUCUGUAAACCUCAAACAUGUUAGGGCAAAUUUAUAAUGCCUACUCCUAGCUGAAUAUAUAUAUAUAUAUAUAUAUAUAUAUAUAUAUAUAUAUAUAUUAUGUAAUUUUUUUUUAUUAUUAUUUAUUUAUUUAUUUUCUGCCCUUAUAUUGUCCAUAUUCUGCAAUCGGCUGCCAUCCAGUGAAUGGGUUAAGCCUUCCAUUUUCUAGAAUAUGACUUGGCAGAUUAGCUGCAAUUCUGAGGAAUAAAAGUUAAACCAUAAAUGCUUAACCCCUUAAGGACUGGACUGUUUUUGCGAUGUUGUACAUUUGCGACCAGGAAUAUUUUUACACUUUUGUGGUGUUUGUGUUUGGCUGUAAUUUUCCGCUUUCUCAUUUACUGUUCCCAUACAAAUUAUAUAUUGUUUUUUUCAGGACAAAAGGGGAUUUCUUUACAUACCAUUAUUUAUAUAAUCUCAUGUAUUUUAAUUUAAAAAAAAUACAAAAAUCUGAUGAAAAAUUGAAAAAAAUACAUGUUUUUUGACUUUUACUUGAAAAAUCUUUUACUCAUCUACAAAAGCGAAUGAAAAAAACUGCUAAAUAGAUUCAAAAUUUUGUCCUGAGUUUAAAAAUACCUAGUGUUUACGUGCUUUUUUGCUUUUUUUUGCAUGUUAUAGGGCUAUAGGUACAAGUAGGAUAUUGUGGUUUCAAAACAUACAUUUUUAAAAUUUAUCAAUAGUGACAUUGUAACACUAUUAUCUGUCAUAAAUCUCUGAAUAACACCCCACAUGUACAUAUUUUUUUUAAAGUAGACAACCCAGGGUAUUCAAUAUGGGGUAUGUCCAGUCUUUUUUAGUAGCCACUUAGUCGAAAACACUGGCCAAAGUAAGCAUUAAUAUUUGUUUGUGUGUGAAAAAAGUAAAAAAACUAAAUUGAACGCUAAUUUUGGCCAGUGUUUGUGACCAAGUGGUUACUAAAAAAGACUGGACAUACCCCAUUUGCAAUACCUUGGGUUGUCUUCUUUUGCAAAUGGUAUGCCAUCAUGGGGUAAUUCUCAUUCCUGGGCUACCAUACGCUCUCAAAGGCAACGUAACCAACCUGGCCAUUUUCAAUGUAAAAAUAUUUGACCCAUAUAUUUGACCUUGUAACUUUCAAAAAUGCUAUAAAACCUGUACAUGGGGGGUACUGUUUUACUCGGGAGACAUCGCUGAACACAAAUAUUAGUGUUUAAAAACUGGAAAACGUAUCACAACAAUUAUAUCAUCAGUAAAAGUGCUGUUUGUGUGUGAAAAAUGCAAAAAAGUAACUUUCACUGACAAUAUCAUCGCUGUGAUAUGUUUUACUGUUGUGAAUCACUAAUAUUUGUGUUCAGCGAAGUCUCCCGAGUAAAACAGUACCCCCCAUGUACAGGUUUUAGGGUGUCGUAGAACGUUACAGGGUAAAAUACAGUGCUAGCAAAUUAAAUUCUCUGGAAUUUCGGCCUGGGUUGGCAGGCAGGUCCCUCAAAUUGCAAUCAAUAAAAUUACUGAAUUAUGUAAAAAUAUUACAUAAAUACGCACGUAGAAUUUAAAUAUAUAUGCAUAUUUAUAUAUUUGAAGUCUACGUGUAUAUUUAUAUAAUUAUUUAUGUAAUUUUGUAUAUGGACGUAUGUAUAUUUCUUAUUAUUUUUAUUUAUUUUUAUAUACAUAGAUAUAUAUACAAAUUCAUUCUAAGUGUAUUUUGAUAUAAAUAUAUAUAUAUUAAUUUUAAAAUACAGUUAGAAUAAAAUUUCAUAUAGCUAUAUAAUUUUUUAAAAUUUUUUAUUAUUAUUUAAAAAAAUUUUUAUUUAAUUUAAAUUACUUAUUAUUUAUAUUUUAUAAUAAUAUAUAUACAAUAUAUAUAGUUAUUAUAUAUAUUAUAUAUAUACGUGUGUAAUUUAAUUAUAAGUGUAUUUUUAUAUUAAUAUAAGUACAUAUUAAUAUAAAAAUACACUUAGUAUGACAUUAUAUAUAUAUGAUAUAUAGACAUAUAUUAUAUAGAUAUAAUAUAUGUCUAUAUAUCAUAUAUACACAUAUAUAAUUAUUUUAUUUUUUUUAAUUAACACUAACUUUAUUUUUUUUUUCUGAUUUUACACAUGCAGGGAGACUGCCUGUCAGCACAGACAGUCCCCCUGCAGGCAGCACUAUGGACACCUAUUGUGACCAUGUGAUCGCUGUGUUAAGCGAUCACAUGGCCACAGGGGUCCUAAUCUGCCGUGGGGAGACUGUCUGGGCUGCAGGCAGUCUCCCCACAACCGGAGGAACACUGAUCGCCGCCGGGGGAACGACGGCGAUCAGGUAAGUACCCCCAGACCGUUAGGACGGUUCAGGACCGUCAUCGGUCGGCAAGGCAAAAAUGCCGAUGACGGUCCUGAACCGUCCUCGGUCCUUAAGGGGUUAAAGUGAUAAAAAAGGUGUUUCUAAACAAAGUGUGCAACUAAACUGCUAACAAAUACAAAUUGGCACUGGAUUGACAGAAAAUGGCCUAGUGAGCAGGUUUAUUUUACUUUUCCUCCCAGUUUAAGGUUGUCAGAUGAGUAAAACAUUAAAGGGACACUCCAGGCACCCAUACCACUUCUGCCCAUUGGAGUGUUCUGGGUGCCAACUCCCACUACCCUUAACCCUGCAAGUGUAAUUAUUGCAGUUUUAAUAAACUACAAUAUUUACCUUGCAGGGUUAACUCCUCCUCUAGUGGCUGUCUACUGGACAGCCACUAGAGGGCACUUCAGUCUUUAUAGCACACGAAAACUCUCGCUAUGUGAGGACCUCCAGCGUCGCUGAAAUCCCCAUAGGAAAGCAUCAAAAGCAUUUUUCAAUGCUUUCCUAUGGGGAGAUCUGCCGCGCAUACGCAUUAGGUCCCCCCCACAGCGUCGGUGGACCCUGUACCGAGGGACAUCGACGCUGGAUACAGGUAAGUCACUGAUGGGCUUUUAACCCCUUCAACAACUUGGGAUGGGAGGGAGAGAGGACCUGCAGUGCCAGGAAAACGGUUUGUUUUCCUGGCACUGGAGAGUCCCUUUAAAGAUAAAUGGUACAAUCUGGAAUGAGUUUAUUUUUUUUAUUGUUUGUUUUAACUGAAUAAAAGCCCACUGGAAAUCACUAAAUAAAUCACUGGAAAUCUGCAGUAUCAGUUAUGCCUGUAAAUGACUAUUGCAAUGCAGUACAUGCAUUGGUUAGUGAAAAGUGAAAGUUAUUGCUUCACUUUAAGUACAUUUUAAUUUUACAUACAUGUUCUUGUCCCAUUGUGUACUUAAAAGUGGGGUAUGCCUGUACUGUGGAUUGGGACUAGGCCCCUGCCAACACUGUUGCAGUAAAUGCUAUCCAUAGCACAUUAGUUUUGCAAAACAUUUGUGGCUAUUAUUUUCCCAUUUCACUGUUUAGUAAGUAAGCCCCUUGUGCUUGCUUCUGCUGAUACAAAUUAGUUUAGAGAUGCUUACAGUCUUAAUAUGUCACAUAUUCCAAAGGAGAUUCUCUGUCUUGGUGUAAAAUGAGAUGCUAAUCUAUGAACAAUGAGUCAAAGUCCUUCUCCAGUAAAGCACAGCUAACUAAGUACAUUAGUUACUAUUUGGAGUGUCCGCUGUAAUCAUUUGGUGAUGGUCCCCUACUUUUUGUAGUUUAGACCACUUUAAAAAAAAAAUAAUAAUAAUUAAAAAAAAUUAAUUCUAAAUCACCCCAAUCGUUCAAUAUUUUUGAAAAUGCUGUGUGUACCCCGGAAUUAAGAGAUUAACUUGAACAUCAAAGGAGUUCUCCUUCACAACAGCUUAAAGGGACAUUAGUCACCAAAACAACUGCAGCUUAAUGUAGUUGUUCUGGUGUCUAUAACAUGUCCCUGCAGGCUUUUUAAUGCAUACACUGUAUUUUCAGAGAAAAAACAGUUUUCUUUACAGCCUACGGACACUUCUCGUGGCCACUCCUCAGAUGGCUACUAGAGGUGCUUCCUGGGUCAGUGCUGUACAGUGUGAAGCACUUACUGUCAACGUCUCCAUGUUUUGCAUAGAGGUGCUGCACUUUUUUCUUAGAAAUGCAUUGAUUCAGUACAUUUCUAUGAGAAGAUGCUGAAGCAGUGGGUUUGAUCUCUGCCAAGGCGGCAGAGUGGGGGUUGAGCCAGCCACAAAGAGAUCUGCGCAGUGCUAGAAAAAGGUGAGUCAAUUAACCUUUUAUCUAGCUGACAAAGGGGCCGGCCACCUAAAUAGUGCUAGAAUUAGUGUCAGGAAUACACAUUUGUAUUUAGCGCUGGUAGAAGUAUAGUGUUCCUUUUAAGUAACAAAAUGCAGGCAUUACUGAUCUGUAACAUUGUAAACUAUUUUCUUGAUAUUAAUUCAAAAUGUUAUGCAGUUUUUAAUCUUUUUAAAUGGGGAGAGAUUAUUCACUGUGCACUGUUUACCAUGUAUUUCAGCUGAGCCAGUAGUGCGUGGAGAACUCAAGAAUCUUCCUGAUGACGCAGUAUUUUUAUACUGCCAAGUUGGAGAGAGACCUUAGUAAGUGACGUAUGUAAUUUACAAAUCAUCCCCUCCCACUUUUUUUUUUUUUUUUUUAAACUUAUUAAUUUGAUCCUGUGAAUGUGUUAGGAUUAUUCAAUGUGCAGUCUUUGCCAUCACAUAUCCAUCAUGACAAUUUUUGCAGUUGCUCUGUCACACCAAAAGAGCUUUGAGUAUAUCAUAGAGAUUGAACCUUCCUUUUAAGAAAUGCUCAUAAAAAUUGAGUUGGAAUGUCAUUAAAAUCCCAACGCAGUCAAAAGAUGAGAAAGUAGGGCGUUCUUUGUGUUAUUUUAAAUCUCUAACUUGACAGAAGGGCGUUGUAUUUCAUUACUUCCCCCAGAAAUCGCUAGUGACCACUGUGGGAAUAAAGCAUUAUCUUACUCAUCACCAGAUUAUCUCUAUGGCGGCACCCUUUCUCGAAGGAACAUCCAUAGAGAUUGUCAAGGUGACCAGAGCUUCUUUAACACCUUAAGUACCAAACUUCUGGAAUAAAAGGGAAUCAUGACAUGUCACACAUGUCAUGUGUCCUUAAGGGGUUAAAAGGCAAACACAAUUUACUGUUUAGUACAUAUAACCAAAAAGUGCAAAACCAGGCAUUGGCUUCCAUAGUGUAUUAUAUAUUUUUUUUAUUAUGUAAACUGGAUACACAGUACUUAAACCUCUGCCACAUGUAGUGUAGUCACAAAGAUCUAAACCAAAAGAUGAAGAGGAUAAAAUCUCUUAAGGAAUUCCGAUGGUACUAUAGCCCCCCAUGAACUCGUUCGAGCUGCGUGCCAUGCCAGUAAGGGAGUUUUAUUACAGAACCUCACAGUAGGCAAAUUUGGAAGAUGGGUGAUCGAUGUACUCCCUUCCUCUGGGAGCGUGAAUGAUCACUGGUACAGUGUGAUAUAUAUAUAUAUAUAUCUAUCUAUCUAUCUAUCUAUAUCUAUCUAUCCCGGCUCAUCUUCACUUCAUGAGCUGGUCUUAAAGAAACCAGGCAUGGUAACCUUCCUUUCGGUUUGAAUAGACAAAUAUAUAUUCCUCCAUUAUUUGUAAAAUAGCAACCGUAAAGGUACGUUUUAACAGUGGAAAGUAGAAUUUCAUAGAUUGUUGCCACUAAGAACUAAAAAUAAAAAACCGUUCAAGAAUUUAAAUCCAAUGUGGGCUUUAUUGUACUUUGGGAUUUGGGGUGAAUGGGCUCGGUAUGCAGAAAUUUUAUAUGCACACAGUCUCUGAAUUAAAAUUAUUUUGAAAACAAAUAUAAUGCAAAAGUCCUAAUGCAAGUAUAAACGGUAAAAUAAAGCAAUUAGUUUUAUAAGAAAUGAGUCUUUAAGGAAAAAUAGUCCUUUUACCAGAGUUCCAGCACUUGGUAAAUGAAGAAAGAAUUGAUUUGAAGCUGUAGUUGAAUUGCGGGAGAUGCUGGGAAAGCGUUGCAGGGGUUAACCAAAGUAGAUUCAGGGUAGUAAAUUCCACAGGUGAGGGUAGUCAACUCACUUCUGUCUGUAGAAACAGCACUGCAGGGGUUAACCAAGGUUGAAUCUGCAUUGUAGGGGUUACUCCAGGUAGAAGGCAGGUUUCAUGCAAACAAGUGUUGAUUCAGGGGAAUUCCACAUGUGUGGGUAAUCAACUUCAGACAGGAGCUGGCUCUGUACUCAAGGAGAACAACUGAGCACAGAUUUUAGGGUUGUCUGUGCUUAAAUAUGGAAAAGUGCAUGGGAGGGCCUAAAUAAGUGAAAGGCUCUGCUGGGUAACUAGGUGUCCACACCUCCCUAUAUGGAUGGGAUGCUAUGUCAGUUUGUGCAUUUAACUUGCAAACUUCCAUGCUUGUUGAGCUGGAUUUGCCAGACCGUGUCAGCCUAAGCUUAUCCUGGAGCAGCAUGGGGAGCACAGUACAGAUCACCCUAUACGUCCACAGGAGGAGAGGUAGGGGUAAGGGUAGACGGAGUGUGCCUUCUGGAAACAGGACAGGCAGAGCUGUGACACAGUGCUAUAAACGUGUUUGUACACUGUUUAGUCCUUUCUUAAUCAGUAUAUUGGGCUCACUGUAUAACAUACACAGUACAAGGGGUCCACCAUAGUAAUGAGCAUUAGUUGACUUAUGUGUGGGGGUUUGUAAUAUAAUAACUAAUUUUUUUUAUUUACAAGAAACUGUAUCACCGUUUGUUCCAUUUUCUAAAACCUUAUCCCCUUUUUUUUUUUUUUUUUCCUCUCGUUUAGUUGGAAAGACCCGAACAAUGAGUUUAAGCAAGUUCUAAAAUUGACUGGUGUUCCAACCCUCCUAAAGUGUGGAACGGUGAGAUAUGUUAAAACUGUUUAUAUUGAAAGGGGAAAAGUAAACCCUCUACCUCUGCAGAAUUAACACUGUUUUGUUCCGACCCCUUCACUAUCAUAAACAAAUCUUGCAGUAUAUAUAACAUUUUAACUUGAAUGGACGUCCUCUUCACUAUAUGGUGCCUGUAGAAGCAGGUACCAUUCAUUAACUCUUAAAGGACCAGUGUAAGCAAAAUAACACCUACUGUUAGCUGUAGUGGUUGUGUUUCUUAAGAGUGUUCCGGUAUUGCACCCCAGUCUAAUGUCAAAUGUUUUAGGCACAAUUUCUGAAAAUGAGGCGCUGCUCUUCUUGAUACCUGAAAACCGGUUAUGGUACUAGAAGCUUCACAGUAUAGAAUUGUAUUGUAUAGAGGUAAUCUGUUUUUUUAAUUUCUACAAAACUGAUAUAGAUUGUGGCCUCACCACAAUCUUUUGGUAACUAGCAAUAUGCUGUCAGAGAGACUUUACAUUUUUAGUCUAGAACUGGCACCAUGCUGAUGAGAACCACAAGGUCGAAUCUGCAGUCCAUGGGUGGUUUCCGUUUGGAUUUAAAACCAAACAAAACAACUCUUUAAAACAAUGUACGUUGAUAAAGGUGUCUUAGUUCUGAAAGAUGACACCUAUCUGUGGAAACAUGAUUUCUCAAGUUACUAAGCCCAAGAAGGACCGCUCAAAGUCCUACUUGAUAUGCAGGUGUGUGUCAUAAAAUAUUUACUUUAAUAUUAGAGUAGAGAUUGUAGCCAUGUUAGUCCAAUGAUGCAUAUGUAAAAUAACAGAUGAAAUUAGGAUGCGAGUUAAGAAAUACUCCUAAAAUAAAGAACACUGAAACAAGACCGCUACAUUGAAAGUUUCCAUCUAAGAACUACAUUCCUGGAGAUCAAACUAAACCAAAAGAGCAUGUUUCGAAAUCUCUCCGUACAGGAACAAGCUGACUUAAAAAAUAAUCACAGUAUCCCCAUCAAACUGUGCCAGCACAUAUACACAAACAACACGGCCACCCACAAAAAAAUCUACAGCAUUAAAGGAUGAUACUCCUGCACAUAUAGCAAUGUGGUAUACAUGAUUCAAUGCACCAAAUGCCGCUUAGAAUGCUACACCCCAUUAAACACCACAAAGAAGAAUCCUACUGCACUCCUGUGGGACAGUAUUUUACCCAGCCUGACCACUCAAUCAAGGACCUACAAAUUAAAGUGAUCACAGAUUUAGCAAUACCCAUGAAAUAAACACCCUUGAAGCCAGAUUGAUACCAUAUUUUUAUUUUUUUUAUUUUUUUUACUAGUAAGAAGAGAGGACAAAAUGUUGAUUUACAUUUCCUGUCCCAUUACUUUACAUGACUCCCUUAUCCAUUACCUUACUCUUCUUUCAAAUGAAUGCACGUUAAAAUGCAUUCUGAUGUUUUUAGUAUUAUCAUCAUUAUUAUUUUUAUAUAUAUUAUGUACAGACAUUUGCUUUCCAAUACUCAAAUGCAUGUAGUCUUAUAGAUAUAUGUAUGCAUAUAUACAGGUGGUUGUGUGUGGUGUGUGUGUUUUUUUUAUUUUUUUAUUUUAUUUUAUUUUAUUUUAUUUUAUUUAUAUAUAUAUAUAUAUAUAUAUAUAUAUAUAUAUAUGUAUAUGUACAUUUGUCAGUAUAUUUAUUGUUGCUUUAAGAUGUAUAAGUGUGCAAGCAUAUAUAUUUGAGUGUGGGUGUUUGUGUAUAUGUGUGCAUAGGUUGUAUUAUAGGCCUUCAUGCAUGUUCGUGGAUGUGAAUUCAAGAAUUCCUAAUUUAUGUAAUUUGUUUAACUCUUCCCCUUCUAGUACCAUCUCCUGCACUGUUUGUGUUUUCUCUCCUUUCCUUCACCCUGUGAUUAUUUGCUAUUUAUGACUCUCUGGGGGAAUGGUGUAUAUUCUCUCUGACCUUUGUCUUCUCUGCACUCCUGUUUCUGUAACCUCAGUAUCACAACUCGACUCAAAGGGAGGUUCUCCCAAUAGCUUGCCGUUCCAAAAUUCUGUCCAAUAAAAAAAAAGGUAUUCAAAGACACUAAUUUCAUCUGUUCUUUUACAUACUUUAGUGGGUGAUAAAAUGUUAAUUGUACAAUUCCAUACCUCUAUCCCUGCAACUGGGUGCCGCCUCCAUCUCAGUCAAUAGCAUACAUAAUUGAACCCAUUCUGGAGGAGGUAGAAAUAUAUAUCUUUUAAUCUAAACAUGAUCGGAAAGUCACAGAUCUUACAAACUUUGCCUGUGCCAUAGGCAAUGAAAGCACUCUACUCCCAUCUGUAACCCUGGACUUCUACCAUCUAUUUAUAUAUUUAUUUUCUUCUUUCUUUUUCAGACCCAGAAGUUGGUGGAAGAGCAGUGCCUUAAGGCUGAUCUAGUGCAAAUGAUUUUUUCAGAGGACUAAAAUAAUAUCUGGUUUUGUAAACUUUCUCCAUUAUUAAUAUAUAGGAGAAAUGGUUAAUGGCCUCUGCUGUGAUACAAAAAAAGCAGAAAUCGUUUAACCUUUUAAGGACCAAUGGAGUAAUAAAAUGUCCUUGAAAAAUCCAACAUUAAAAUGGAAUGUCCUAUUCUUAAGAAAUGCAGAACUGUUCAAAACUACAAAGGCAAAUUAACCGGGACAUUUUGUAAUGAAAUGUGGUGGUAGGGCUUUAAAGAGGAAAUCAAGUGAUUCAUGUGUCUUGACAUUUCUUUUGGGAUGAUUACAUAGAUAUGUAAAGUACUCAGAAUGCCAUUGGACUGAGGAUCAAUGACUUCCUAUGCUAUUAGACCCUGCACAAAUUCAGCUUGCUCUGCAAAUAUUUGCUAUAUUCAUGCAUCAUUUUCACAAACUUUAUAACAAACUGACUUACCUUAACACAAAGGCAUCUGUUUCCUAAAGAUUCCAUAAUGCUUAUGGGAAAGGUAGUCCACAAACAUUUGGUGUGUUUAGGUUAGCCAGUGCUAAUAUAUGGGAUUUUACCUGCUGUAAUAUUUAGUCAAAAUUAACAUAUCCAACUCUGCUGUUCUAGGUUUGUCUUCUGAUUCGCAUAACAUGAUUUAGUAAACAAACCACUGCAUGUUUAAUUUUGUAAACCUUUUGUAAAAAAUAAACAUAUUAAUCCAGAAGCAACAAGGAGUAUGCUAAAAAUAAAGAUAACAUUGAGACCUUCUGUAAUGAUUUUUACUUUUUUUUCUGUGCUUGAUUUAAGAUUUUAUCAUAGAUAAUAGGUUG